UACCACCUACGGAACGAACUGAACUGGCUAGAGCAGCAUGAAUCAAUGGCUUGCAUCAUCACCCGCCACCACCAUCAGUGGCUCAAUCCUGAGCCCCUGGUGUAGGGGUUGGGCAUCCGUCGUCCGAGCUUCCAUGGCGACCCAACAAGAUAAUCUCAUGUGCCAGUGCUACAUCCUACUGGAUGUACAUGUACAAACAACGGUCAUGCCAAGGACUAUCAGCAUGGACGAGGUGACUAGUAUCAUAACACGUGCUGUUGAGGGGGGGAAAAAAAGAAGAAGAAGAAGAAGAAGCUCAGCCCUUUUCCACGCUUGCCACGGUUACCCGCACUCCGCUUACAAGGCAAAUGAGGCCUGAGUGAACGCUUCGUGAUAUCCCCAGCCUUGGGCUAUCA